AUGUUGACCAGGAAUAUUCUCAUCUUCUGCGCGGUGGCAGUGCUGCUGGCUGAGGCUGACCUUGACGCAGAUCAGGACUCCACCUCCGACGAAGCUCCGACUGUUAUGUCGUUUAUGAUUAUCUUCACAGAGAGCAUGAACUCUGUCUCACCUGACCAGCCCAAUGAUGAGCCACAACAUUACAAUGGAGCCACUGCAGAUGCAAGUAGCACAAGUGCAGAGGCUGGCCAGGCCAGUGGCCCUCAAGUCAAUGAUGUGACAACAGCUGACGGCACCAAAUCCAGCACUGAAGAACAAGACGAGAAUGAGAGUCCAGAGUCAGAGGAAGUUGUGAAAGCUGCUCCGGUGCAGCGCGCUGCUAAAGCACACAAUGCUUCACCGCGCAAACGCAGCAAGCCCGUCAUCGCCUCAAAGAAGAGGACGAGACCCUUUCGCCCCUAG